CAGCGGGAGAAGUGUGGGUGGGAGUCGUACACAGACUUUAACAUCCUCACAAUUUGCCAGAGUGAGUGGUGAGAAACAAAUAUUUUAACUAAGAUUAUUUCUUUUCCUGUCUAAGCGUACUUAUAAAAUCGCCAAUGUCAGUGCUAUAUAGGUGUCCGACACUGAAAAUCCUGUUUUUUACUUAUAGUUCCUGUUCAGUUGCCGCCUUGAAACAUACGCAACUGUCUUGGCGGGUCUAUCGCUGUGGCCAACCCGAAAUACCAGAGAAUACGAGCGAGUCUGGCUUCCUUCUCUGGCUGGCCCAAGGCGAAGCCCACGCCAUUUUGGUUUUCAUUUUUAAAAGAAAACCAAAGAAAAAGUUGGGAAAGAGAGAAUAUUGAUAGUUUCCUAUUCUAGUCAUAGUUAUUUCCUAAUCUGGGCUCACUGCUUUGGCUGUUUUAUUCUGUCAGAGUCAUAUAGGCGAUCGGUGGAUUUCGAUACACCUCAAGUGGCAGUGGCCAAUAUCGUGGAAAAACCGGAAAAAACAUAUGUAUAAACCAUAAUGGUAUAUACAUGUUGUUGCAACAACCUCCCAACCCAAUUGUAAAGCAAAAGUGCAUAUGUAGUAAUUAUAACAAUUUAAUUGUUUUAGUUUUGUUUUUAUAUUUUAUAAGGUAAAAGUUAUUUCUUUAUUCCAGAUCCAAAACUAGAUAGUAUAUAAGAGCGCACAAAUUUUAAUAUUGGAGAUCUACUUUUUGACUUAAAUAGUAAAAUAUUCACUUUGUAACUCACUCACUUUUAUAAAAUAAUAGCUCGGCCAACAAAAUCAAAUUCAUUGUAGUCACAAUAAAUAAAUCUUGGUGUUUGUCGAGCGCGGUGCGCAUUUUUAACUCGACGGCCAUGACAAUAAUUUCCCUAACCAAAAUUUCUUCGUGUUCCAUAUUUAAAUAAUACUGUAUUUAAUUCAACAUUUUGACAGACGUGAUUGUUUUGUUUAUUCUCAAUCAGCAAUCAGCUUUUCCAAUCAAUAAUUGGAACAAAACAAGUACAAAAUUGAAGUCGCUGUCACAUUCCCGUGCUCUCCCACCACUUUUAAGUGACUUUGGCUACCACUUGCUGCUUAUGGGAUUUUACGUGUUAAAUUUGGAGGUCGCUGAUUGGUCCCAAUUUCCCAUUUGAUUUAACCCGUGGAUUCGUAUGGCACUAGCCUAGCACACGGGUCGCUAGACAUAUACAACGGUACAGAAAGUGAAGCUCCUUCAUUCCUUUCCGCAUGUUUUUCAAAUUUAGUAACACAAAAAAAAUUAAUUAAAUAAACAUAAGCAGUCCUCGGUGCGGAGGCAAGUGGCCCUUGAGUGGGCUGGGUCCCUGUGCGGCCUGGUGCGCCCAUGUUUUCCGUUCGCGGUGUUAUUGGGACCCGGGUUUCAGCAUCCGUGCUAGUGCAGUGCGCGCCCUUCCUGGUCCAGGGUAAAAAGAGCAAAAAAAAACAUAUCAAUGUGAGACGACCUACACCAUGCAAGAUAUAGCAUAAUGUCAUUAUGAAACUUACAUACAUUGCUAGUGUUUGUGUCACAAGCAAAUAAAGUGUGCAUGUUCCGCUACAUGGAAGGCCUGUAAUCAAGAAAAUUAUCAUUAUUUUGAAAUUUGUUAGCAUGAUAAACACAAACAGAAGUUUUGGCACCUACACGCGCACGCCAUCGAGCGGCGAGAGCACCACAGGUUUUUUUGGAACGCAUAAUAUGUUUUCUUUCGGGCUAAAGCUGAAAGUUAUACACUUGCAUGGGCAGAUAACCCUCGCUAGUCAGUUUCAGACAACGGGGGAAGUGUUGGGACGUCCACAGACUUAAUAUUUCACAAUUUGGCUGGAGUGAGUGAGUGGAUCUGUUGAGUUGCUGCCUGGAAGCAUGGGCAACUGUAAUGGGUCUGUCGCUGUGGCCUACCCCAACUAUCAGACCAUGCCAGCGAGGCUAGCUACCUUCUCUGGCUGGCCCAAGGAAAAGCCCACGCCAAUUGCCAUGGCAGCUGCUGGAUUCUUUUACAGUGGAAGGAACGACGGAGUGAUAUGCUUCCACUGCAACUGCAGACUCCGCACCUGGAAAUCGACGGACGAUCCGUGGGUUGAGCACGCACGCUGGUAUCCGCACUGCCCCUUUAUCAAAAACAUCAGCCAGGAACAGGCUAGGGCCUCCAACGUUGCAAAUAUCCUAGAGAAAGAAGGCGUGCGCCCAGUUAAAAGACAAGACAACACACCACCCUCGAAGAAAACAGAGGCAGAAAAGUCAGUCAGAAGCGAAUCGAACCUGUGCUCAGUGUGCCAAGAUAACAUUGUUGGUAUUGUUUUCGUGCCGUGCGGACACCUCGUCACUUGUGUGCAGUGCGCUCCAAAUCUUAGCCUCUGUCCGGUCUGCCGGAAGGAAAUACAAACUUCUCUCAGAACAUACUUUUAGUACAGCAGAAUCCACCCAAAGAAAAAAAUCCAAAGAAUGUGUUGAAUAAGUUUCUAAGUUUGAAUCCUGUUUACAUUUAAAUAUAAAUAAA